CUUUGCAACAAUUAGAUGGCGUUGCCGCCUGAUGAUUCAAUUCUGGUUGCUAUGACAAUUAGCAAGAACAACAAGAUGCUUCAGCAUCUUAAUUAUCGUAUGAGAGUGACUCUGCAAGACAGUCGGAUAUUUAUUGGCACAUUUAAGGCAUUCGACAAACACAUGAACUUGAUUUUGGGAGAUUGUGAAGAAUUCCGUAAAAUUAAACCCAAGAAAAACAAAGAUAGUGAGAAAGAAGAGAAAAGAGUUUUAGGGUUAGUUCUACUACGAGGAGAAAACAUUGUUUCAUUGACAGUUGAAGGACCUCCUCCAGCAGAAGAAUGGAUUCCACGAGUUCCCAUACCUGGAGCAACACCUGGACCUGGCCUUGGACGAGCAGCUGGAAGGGGGCUUCCUGCAGCACCUGUGGGAACUGCACCAGUUGGUCUUCAAGGUCCUGUUCGUGGAGUAGGUGGACCUUCUCCCCAGGUUAUGACUCCACAAGGACGUGCUGCUACUGCUGUCACUGCUCCACCACAAAUGCGCCCACCUCCUCCGGGACCUACUCCACAAGCUCAAAGAAUGCCUGGACCUCCUAUGCCAGGAAGAGCUGGUCCACCACCAGGAAUGAUGGGACCACCACCAGGCAUGAUGGGUCGAGGAAUGCCACCUGGAACUAUGGGACGAGGAAUACAGCAGCAAAUGACACCACCUGGUAUGAGAGGCCCACCUCCUGGUAUGAUGCGAGGAGCACCACCUCCUGGUAUGAGACCACCACAUCCACCACGUGGCUGAAUGACAGAAAAAUAAAAUUUGUCAAUUUUUAUCCAUCUUUUGCUAUACAUUAUCAAGUUUUUGCUUUGUUUAAUUAAUGCUGUAAAUUAUUCAUUAAUUGCUGUUAAAUAAACCAUGUUUAAGUCUA